AUGUUCAUCCAGACCGAAACGACGCCGAACCCGGCCACGCUGAAAUUCCUGCCCGGCCAGGUCGUCAUGGAGAUGGGCACCGCCGAUUUCCGCGAUGCCGGCGAAGCGGGCGCCAAGUCGCCGCUGGCCGGACGGCUUUUCGAUGUCGAUGGCGUGACCGGCGUCUUCUUCGGCUAUGAUUUCGUCACCGUCACCAAGGACGAUGCGCAUGACUGGAUGCACAUGAAGCCGGCCGUUCUUGCCGCGAUCAUGGAGCACUUCAUGGCCGGCGCGCCGGUGAUGGCCGAACAGAACGGCGCAGCCGACUUUGGCGAUGAAGAAGAAUUCUUCGAGGCCGGCGACGAGAGCAUCGUGGCGACGAUCAAGGAAUUGAUCGAGACGCGCGUGCGACCGGCCGUCGCCCAGGAUGGCGGCGACAUCACCUUCCGCGGCUUUCGCGACGGCGUCGUCUUUUUGCACAUGAAGGGCGCCUGCGCCGGAUGCCCAUCGUCGACGGCGACCCUCAAGCACGGCAUCCAGAACCUGCUGCGGCACUUCAUUCCCGAGGUCGAGCAGGUCGAGGCCGUCUGA